CGCCAUGCCGGCCUCAGCGAAACAAACCCGAGGAAGAAGACAAACGGCUUUCAUUCAUCAUUAAAUCAUCUCGCUAACUAUUCUCUUUCUCCGAUUUCUAAUUAAUUAAUUACAAACAGACGCUGCUUAUUCUAUUCCAACCAUCUCUCUGGUGUCACUGACAUAUAUUUGUCAGCAGAAUCUGUUUAUUCAACGGUGAAAUGCUGAGCACGGUGACUUGAACUGAAGAAGCUAACUUAGCUAGUAGCUAACCGUGUGUUGACUGGAAGUACCUCCGGCGAGGCCUACUGCAUCCCCGGCCUUUACUGAGGAGGCGUUGCCGAAGAGGACGAACUCGCCACCCAUCUCGGGGUUCCUCAUCUGCCUUGUACACGGUUAAUGAAGCAAACUGCAUGAAGCGUUAUUGCUAACUCACUACAUAUAGCUUACUCUCUCUAUUAGUGACAAUUUUGCUAUAAAAGUGGAAAAGACCAACAUUUAUAUCAAGUAUCCAGCUCAAGAGUGUGUUGUUAUUUCAACCUAUGUGAUAUAAAAGAAGGCUGAGUAAAUGAUUUAAUUUAGAACUAAUGUAGUCCAAACGUUAGUAGAACUGUUCAGUUUGUAUUGGCAUGUUUAUUUGUGUUAAUUCCACUGGUGAAACAAUGUUUUCAUAUUUCAGAUUGAAAAGUGUUUGGGUAAAGAUGGAGGCCCCUCCUGUCACUGUGAUGCCAGUCACUGGUGGAACGAUCAAUAUGAUGGAGUAUCUGUUGCAAGGCAGUGUCUUAGAUCAGGCUCUGGAAAGUCUCCUACAUCGCCUCCGAGGUCUUUGUGACAACAUGGAACCCGAGAGCUUCACAGAUCAUGAACUGGUUUAUCUUCUGAAAGGCCAGCAGGGUAACCCCUUCAUUCUCCGUGCCCGACGCUCCCUCUCUCACCCUACGGCUCCGUGGCACCUACGCUACCUGGGCCAACCUGAAGUGGGAGACAAGAGCCGCCAUGCCUUGGUACGCAACUGUGUUGAUGUGGCUGCAUCUCACAGCCUGCCAGAGUUCCUAAAUGAGAUGGGCUUCCGCAUGGACCAUGAGUUUGUGGCAAAUGGCCACAUAUUCCGGAAAGGUGUAAUGAAAGUUGUGGUUAGCAAGCUCUCACGCAUUCUGGUACCAGGUAAUACGGAGAACACGGAGCGUCUGUCACUGUCGUACUUGGUGGAGCUGAGCGUGUUGGCUCCCGCUGGUCAGGACACAGUCUCGGAGGACAUGCGCAGCUUUGCUGAGCAACUCAAACCCCUGGUUCAUUUGGAGAAGAUCGACCCAAGCAAGCAGAGACAUUGACGUUUUGGGUGGACUCUUCCUUUUCUACCAUGGACAAGUUUCUUUGUUUCUCAUUUUUCUUUACAUCAUUGGUCCCUUUUUUUUUAUACUAAAAUUAAAUACUGUAUAACUCUAACACCUCUGGUCCAUUUGUUAUACAAGCUAGAAAAUAUGUCAUUCCUCCAGAACAUAACUACUCUCCAUGUUUCCAGCAGAGCAUGGUCAUAGAAAUUCUGACAUGGCAGACUAAUUACACUGCAGAAAGGUCAAAGCAUAUGGAGGAUGAGCUUUAGUCCAUGUUAUUAAAGGGAAACUUUAGGAUUUUUAAAGAGUGGUAGCGUGAGGUAUUAACUAGUGCUGUCAUUUUAACGCGUUACUAACGGCGUUAACACAAACCCAUUUGAACUGCGUAGAUUUUUUUAUCACAAGAUUAACUUCUUCUUUUUGGCCAAGCAAACUUAUUUUAGCCUCUUGCCAAAGGGCUCAUCUGACAAAAAUCCAUGCUUCCUUAAAUCUCCAAUAUCAAGAGAAUCCACCUGUGGAGGAUAAAGUGGUAGAGGAUGGAUGGAUGGAUGGAUGUUCAGUCCCUGUAUUUUAAACAGAGAUGUCACAAAAAACACAUUUGAACCUUUGACCUCAUCUAGGCAACGGGGGAUCGUCAACUCCUGUGUGCUAUGUUGUUAAACUGCUGGUUUUCUCUAUGCACUUUGGUCUGGGGAGUGAACGACUUACGUAACAGCCGAAUCUGAUUAGAAAUGUAACUGUAAUGGUAAGAUAAAGCAACAAAAAAUUUUCAUUAGACUUGCGCAGUCGUACAUCUUAUAAGGUGAGCCACAUUUAGUUUGUCCCUAUGGCCAUAAUGGCAGCCUGUUUUCUGUGAAGGUGAGUUUUUUAUGUUUUAAACUGGUGACAGACAGUGCUGUGUUCCAAUAA